AUGGACUUCAACCGAUAUAGCCCUCCUUUAAGACGGCAAUUUCUUCCCGAGGACGCACCAGCACUAUACGAAGACGAAAUCAAGGCAUCUGCUGCAUGGCUGCCGGAAUCGUCAUGGAACCUCGAUGUGCCAGACGACUAUCCGCUCCGACACGAGCUCUUCCUCAUCCUCGACAGCCUGGACGACAUCUCACAAUGCGGAUCUGAUCCUGACUACGCCGAACACCUAGCCGAGACCUUGCGUCAGGCCAGAGAGCUCAUCUGGGCCAAUCCUCAACGUCCUCUCCGCAAACAUCAAGAUACGGAGGUGGCGCUGUAUCUAGCCGGCAAAGCAGCAGAAACUUAUGUCAAGCUGGACGUCGAAGAUUCGUUGGCUCGACUCUUGACCUUCCUCGACUAUGUUCAGACCAACAUCGGCGUGCUACCGCUACAAUGUUUCCAUGCGCUCGCGGCACACGCAGGCAUCGCCCGUCGCUACGAUGCGGUGCUCAAGAUCUGCCAGGUGGCCCGGUCGUAUCACAAUGGCCAAACGGAUGCCGAGCUGCUCCAUCUCACCUUGCGCGCUCUCAUUGCUCAGUCCAAGGAUGCCGACGUGACACGCUACUGGGACUCAUUCGAUGCAGCCAGCCUUCCCGUUCCGCGCAAGACGUUUGAUCUGCUCCUCCGCACUCACGUGCGUCGUCAGGACGUGGAGCAGGUCAACGACGUGCUGCGCACAAUGCCGCAGCACGGCCACAAAGUCGACGCCAAGGCCUGGCUCACCAUCCUACGCGGCUUCCAAAGCUUUCGGCCGACACUCGCAGCGAUGCUGAAAAGGGAUGCCAAGAUCGUACAGAGCCCGACGCUGAACGUGGUGAAUCAUCUUCUGCUGUUGCUCUCACGGGAGCUGGACGUGGACGGUGUCUUGAUGGUUCUGCGCAUCUUUCGCAUCCCUACUCGCCUCACAUCAGACGAUGCUGGCGAUGCGGCCAAGCAGGAUGACGAUCCGUCCAUCAUCGACGGACCCAGCCCUCGGCCAAAUGUGCAGACCUACGUCGCUCUUACGCAGAUGUUUGGUCGGCUCGGUCGUCCUGCGGAAGCACUGCCUUUCUUUCGAUUGGCAGUGUCGCUCGCCAGUAACAACGGCGACGAUCACCCAGCGUCUAUCCGGCUUCUUCAGCAGGCCUCUGCGCACGUCAUGUCAGCCUACCUCAAUGCGGGUCAUCCCGUCCUCGCCAUGUCGUUUGCAACCGAAGCGCUCGGGCUACCUCACUUUGGCAGUGCCGAGACCAAACAGUCGCCCUCGUCCGACUUCCACAUUCCCUCUUCGCCGCGCAUCCCGAUCGCUCCAUAUACCUCACACUACCGGAUUUUGCUCGAGUGCGCUUCUGCCAUCGGCUCGCCUGAGUCGGCCCGACGGAUCGUCGUCCAUCUUUUGCGGCACGGUCAUCCGACCGAUGCGCACGUACUGCGCGGACUUGCCCGGUUGAUCUUUACGACCAUCGACCAGGAUGCGCUCGAGUCGAUCCAUGUGCUCCGGCGGUUGCUGCCGGGGGAGAGGGACUGGAAGGCACGCCACACGGCACGCGAUCGCCGGCUCGGCUCGCUGUCGGAUCUGCUGCACCAGCUCGGUGUACCGGAGCGCGUCGUGUUGGCUUCGCAGCAGUCGACGGAUCUGCAUCGCGACGCACCGGGUGUCGGCAGCAAGCUGAUGGCCAAAUCUAGCCCCGGAGAAUCUUCCAAAGACGAGCUGCGAGACUGGCUGAUCAGAGAUGCAUCGCCAUUCGGGCCUGCGGAUGCUGGCACCGACACGCCCGCUCUUGCCCAGGAUCUGCGUCAACCACUGACGCCGGAAGCAUACGCAAUGCGAAUCCGCGUCUACGCCGUCGUGCGGCGCGACUACCUUUCCGCCCAACGGGUCUACCACGCCAUGCUGACGCACGGCGUCAAGCCGACCAUGAUGCACAUCGCCCCGCUCAUCGAAGGGCUCACGGCGGUGGGCAAGCUCGACGAGGCACAGCGGCUCAAAGCCAACGCGGUCGAGGUGACGGGUCUCCAGCCGACACUGCGCAUCCACACCGCGUUGAUCCGGGCGUAUGUUCGAGCGGGAAACACAAAGGCCGCACGCAACGAGGUCAAGGAGCUCACCGAAAACGGUUUCAGAGUGGACGACACGGUGGCGAACAUCAUCGAAGCCGCCCAGUCCGGUCGACGCAACUUUUCGUUGGUGGAUCGACCCGUGGAUGACAAAGACGCACAUGGUGUUGCUACACGCUUUCACUCGUUGAUGGCCAUGAGGAGGUAUCUGGCCGCCCAAGAAACCGUGCAGACCGCCCUCGAUGCCGGACUUAAACCGGAUAAGGUGUUGCAGGACCUGGUAAGAAGGUCGACCGGGUACGUGCAGAAACAGCUCAUCAAGGCACAAGCAGGUGGAGAGGGAUCACACAUGUUCGAACUGGCUCAGGCGGCACGCUUGGCAGGAGCAAAUAGGGACAGGGUGACGAGGAGCGUGCAGAGGAUGGCCGACGCAAGGAGGAGCGUUAUGAAGGAGAGGAGGAAGAAGGUGGUCAGUCUGGUGAUGGAUUUUGCCGAGGGGCGGUUGCAUGAGCUGGCGGGGGUGGCGAGUGAGGUGAAGGGUAAGGAGAAGGGAGGCAAGACGGAAAAGGUUGCUGUUACAGGAUGA